GGGUCAUCACCACGAGUUCAAGGCCAGCUUGGUCUAUAUAGCAAGUUCCAAGGCAACCAUGUCUCAUGAAAACCAAACAGAAAAAAAGCAGACCAAGAUCUCUUCUUUUUACCAGUUGUUUAUCUGGGGUACUUGUUAUAGCAGCAGGAACUAUCUAGCAUACCUCCAAUACGGAGGCGUGAGAUUUAGAAAGAAAUACUGGCCUGGCAUCCUGGUGAUGGAGGGAGGCAUCUGCCCUCUAGCCUUCCUUCACCUCUACAGUUCCCUUCCUAAACUCACAGAAGAGGAAGCCCCACCUAGGUGCCACCCGCUAACUCCUUCUGCAGGCUGAGAACAGUAUUCAAUCCUGGAGGGAUUCUGAAAGCCAGGUCUUGUCAGGAAAGAUAAGGAGACUGAAGUAGAGUGAGAAGAAAAGGAGUAUUGUCCACGGUCAUUCCCCUGACACGUACAGCGGCAGUUCAAAGCCAGGUAUAUCCGCACCAUGUACCUGGGGAUUCAGAGCCAGCGGCAGAAGGAACACCAGCGACGCUUCUACUGGGCUAUGAUGUACGAAUAUGCAGAUGUCAACAUGCUGCGCCUCCUGGAGACCUUUCUGGAGAGCGCCCCCCAACUGGUGCUACAGCUCUGCAUAAUGAUCCAGAAGAACAGCGCAGAGACGCUGCCCUGUGUCUCCUCUGUGACUUCCCUGAUGUCCCUGGCUUGGGUGCUAGCCUCCUAUCACAAGCUGCUGCGGGACUCCAGGGACGACAAGAAGAGCAUGAGUUACAGAGGGGCCCUCAUCCACCUCUUCUGGCGCCUCUUCACCAUCUCAUCCCGAGUUAUCUCUUUCGCCCUCUUUGCUUCCAUCUUCCAGCUGUAUUUCGGGAUCUUCGUGGUGGUGCAUUGGUGCGCCAUGGCCUUCUGGAUCAUCCAUGGAGGGACAGACUUCUGCAUGUCCAAGUGGGAGGAGAUCCUCUUCAACAUGGUGGUAGGGAUCGUGUACAUUUUCUGCUGGUUUAACGUCAAGGAAGGGCGGACUCGAUACCGAAUGUUCGCAUACUAUACGAUAGUCUUGACCGAGAAUGCUGCCUUGACGUUCCUUUGGUAUUUUUACAGAAACCCGGAGAGCACUGACUCCUAUGCCGUUCCAGCACUGUGUUGUGUCUUCGUUAGCUUUGUGGCUGGGAUUGCGCUCAUGCUCUUAUACUAUGGCGUGUUGCAUCCCAUGGGGCCGCGGGCUAAGGUCUUUGCCAGCUCCUGUUGUGCCGAGCUGCUCUGGGGCAUCCCUUUGCCCCCCGAUGUUGAGCCUAUGGCACCUCAGACCCCUGGGUACCGGGGAACCCAGGUCACUCCCACCAGAGCCGUGACGGAACAGCAGGAGGACCUCACGGCUGACACUUGCCUGCCUGUAUUCCAAGUGAGACCCAUGGGGCCCUCCACCCCGUCAGGGCGUCCUUACCACCCAGAAGGGCCCCUGAUUAAGAUUGACAUGCCAAGAAAGCGGUACCCAGCCUGGGAUGCGCACUUUGUAGACAGGAGGCUGCGGAGGACUAUUAACAUCCUGCAGUACGUCACCCCCACCGCAGUGGGCAUUCGCUACCGAGAUGGGCCUCUGCUCUAUGAGCUGCUGCAGUAUGAGUCUUCACUCUAGAACACCUUGACCCAGAUUGAGAAGGGGACCUUAAGUUUGGUUGCGGUCAACGCCGCCUGCAAGAAAUAUAACCCUCCCUUCCCCCAAUACACAGAACCACCACCACCACCACCACCGCCACCACCACCAACACCACCAACACCAACAACAACACUACAAAACGAUCAAUAAGUCACAUCCCCUUCAGAUAAGCUUUCUUUCCAGUCACUAUAUGUACACAAAGAUAUUCUCUAUGUUUUGUAAGUAAAAACAAAAAGAAAACCUUCCUUUUGUUUUUUACACAUAAGAAACAGUAUUGAAAAAAAAUAAUAAUCCCACACUACAGUUCCUAGGGUGGAGAAGGGGGAGCUACCUCCUCUCCCAAAGAAACAAAAAAAGUUUUCUACUUUACACCAAGUGUAGAUCAUUUAUGGGAUUGGUGCUGAUUGAGAGAACAAAACAAAACAAACAAAACAAAACAACAAACGAAAACCUUCAACUGCCUUAUGCCCUUAGGUGCUGAGUUUCUUUCGGUACUGUCAUGUUUUCUCACACGAAGCUCUCCGGUAACUUUUGCACCAGGAGAGAAAAAAAUCAAAUAAUCAAAUGAAACAAAAUCUACCAACAAAGCAAACGAAUUAAAACAACAACCAGAGACCAUACCAAAACAGUCCUUCCUAUCUAAUGAUUUGUAUUGAAACAAACAAAUUGACCAAAAGCAACGGCAUAGAAACCCCUCUCUUUAUUCAGUCUCUCUGGCCCCUUCCCCAUUUUUGCAAAGCCUUCCAGAAGCUAAAGGGCUACUUGGAUCUCCACUGGCCGGAAAAGCUCCUUGAAGGCUGACUAUGUGCCAUUUUUACAUUUGCCUAGCAAGAAUUGCAUUGUUUUCCCAUAAAGACAACAACAAGAAUGAAACCCCCAAACACCCAAUUUGGUAAAUUCUAAAAGCAGAUCAAAGGAAAUGUCCAUAAACACCAUCAAAGAGAAUCCGUAAUGAUAAAACUCAGCAUGGUAGCAAAAAGAAUGACAUCAAUUUAAAGGCACAAUACUUAGUCCGUGACUGGUGACAAUGAUCUCUUCCAUCACUUUAAGGCUGAGAAGGGUGUGUGUGUGUCACGUGUGACAGUGUGGGAGGCCUCUUCUCUUUUCAUUUGGUGGGAAGCCUUAAAUUGAUCUGGAAAGAAUUUUUCAUUUUUCAUUUGUGCUUUUGAAAAACAACAUAAAGAGGAACACUAGAAUAUCUAUCUAUCUCUAUAUAUAUAUAAAAAAAAAGUCAAA